AGUAGGCCGAAGUUUCUCGGCCAAUUGGGAUUAUUUCAGAAUUUCAGUUACUAGCUCGUCAUCAAAACAGCAACAACUGUUAAAUUUUAACGUGAAACCGUGUUAAUAGAAAAUACAAAUUAAAACAAACAAAAUGGUUCGCCGUGGACGUUCAGCCAGCCCCCCGCCCUCUACUCGCCGCACCGCACCUGUGCAGGCUCGUGCCCCAGCCCCGGCACCCGCCCCUGUGCCAGCCCGUGCCGCUGCCCCACCACCACCACCGGCUCCCGUGAGUGCUCCACCCAGCGCCGUUGGCAUGCCGGCACCACAGCAGCCAUCGAUGUUCCAGCAGAUGGCCGCCACCGCUGGUGGUGUGGCUGUGGGCUCAGCCAUUGGACACACUGUGGGUCAUGGACUGACCUCGCUGUUUAGCGGAUCCGGCGAUAAGGAGGCAGCUGCUCCAGCUCCGGCGGCAGCCGCUCCUGCACCCCAGCAACCCUACUAUGCCCAACAGCAGCCAAAUGAACCGCAGGGUGCCUGCGCCUGGGAGCUCAAACAGUUCAUCCAGUGCGCCCAGGGACAGGCAGAUCUGACCCUCUGCGAGGGAUUCAACGAGGCGCUGCGGCAAUGCAAGCAGAGCCACCAUCUCCAGUAGAGGUACCAUCUCCGGUAGACUAGCACCUGGCCAACCACCGGAUAAAACCUUUUGGAUGAGUUCUGUCCUAGCCCUUCGUUUAGUUCUUAAUUGUUUAAUUGCAAGCAUCUAAAAGAGAGCAUUGUUUAAUUGUAGUGCAAACUGAAAUGUUAAAUAGAAAAUCCCAUUGCCAGCCCAAAUAGUCCCUCUUCCAAAAAACCAAAAAGAAAUAUUUGAAAACUAUAACCUAUGGGCUGUCAAUGUGGGCCAAAACAAAACAA